GGGGCGGGGCUUCCGCGCGGUGGGCGGGUCCUCGGCGGGGCCAGGCUGAGCGGGUAGGGGCUUCCCGGGGCCAAGCUUUUGCGCUCAAUCGGCGGGACAGCCCUCGAGCUUCACCCUCUACCUGGGCUCGGGACGUCGAAGCCGGGGCGAGAAAGACAGAGGGACUCGGCGAUGGCUCCGUGGGGACUCCUGGGGUCUGCUGUGCUUGCUGGUUCGGUGUUCGUGGGAGGCGCUGUGAGUUCGCCGCUGGUAGCCCCGGACAACACUGGUAGCCGCACGUUACACUCUCGAGCAGAGACAACGCCGUCAUUACCCACCAACAACGCUGGGAAUGGACACCCAGAAUACAUCGCAUAUGUGCUUGUCCCUGUGUUCUUCGUCAUGGGUCUUCUUGGUGUCCUCAUCUGCCACUUACUUAAGAAGAAAGGCUAUCGGUGUACAACAGAGGCGGAACAGGAAGUUGAAGAGGAAAAGGUGGAAAAGAUAGAGUUGAAUGACAGUAUAAAUGAGAACAGUGACACCGUUGGGCAGAUUGUCCACUACAUUAUGAAAAAUGAAGCAAAUGCAGACAUUUUGAAAGCUAUGGUAGCUGAUAACAGCGUGGUUGAUGUUGAAAGCCCUGUCACUCCUAGCACACCAGGGAGCCCACCUGUGAGUCCGGGGCCCCUGUCACCAGGGGCCACCCCAGGGAAGCAUGUCUGCGGACACCAUCUUCACACAGUGGGAGGUGUUGUUGAACGGGACGUGUGCCAGCGCUGUAGGCACAAGCGAUGGCACUUCAUAAAACCUACCAACAAGACCAAAGAGAGCCGGCCGCGGCGACAAGGGGAGGUCACUGUCCUCUCUGUGGGCAGGUUCAGAGUCACAAAAGUAGAGCACAAGUCAAACCAGAAGGAGCGCAGAAGCUUGAUGUCUGUCAGUGGGGUUGAGAGUGUCAACGGGGAUGUGCCGGUGACACCUGUGAGGACGGAGCGGAGCGACACGGAGUAGAUGCAGCUGCUUUCUUGAAGAGAUCUAAGAGACUCCGAACUUGUGUGAUAUGAAGUCGCCUAGGGAAUGUUUUUAUAUAUUUUAUACAGUUUCUAUCAUGAAGUCAAUGGGCGUGCGGAUCAAACCCAAAAGGGAAUAAAUAUUUUUGCUAUACUGGACACAGAAUUCAGUUUGCUUUGAAAGAAGUUUUGGGCUUAAAAGGUGCGAUGAGAAUUUUAGUUCAAUUUCCGAGAAGGAAAUAGCUCACUCUCUUGCACUUGUGGACUGUCCCUGGCCAUCACGGUUCCUGGUUGCACAUUCCUGGCUGUUCCCUGCACAGUUGGUUAGGAACAGUGGAACAUUUACAGCCUGAGCUUGUGUUGGUAUGCUCACAUCUGUUACCGAACCCCAGACUCCAUUUUAAUGUUGGUGAUAAGAUCUUCAUGCGCACAGUAGGGCUGUCUCAGAAGACUCUUGCCUGCAAAGGGUCCUUGGAAACAUCUUGUGCUCAGAAGUUGAUCCCCCCCAGGACGUCGUGGGAUCAGGUGUAACCACAGUCCCCCUGCAUUUCAGAUUCCUGGACCAAGGAUUCAGCACUGACACCUUCUUCCUUCCAUCAACCCUCUCCUGUCCUUCUCCGGUCUCUUAGGAGAUGCAGAGACUGUUACUGCUUUUACUGAACUUCAUCUACACAGUCGGCUCUUAGUCUAAUUGAGUAAAAGGGAAAAUAGUUUAAAGGCACUCUAAAAAACUGUUUUGACAACCAAAGGCCAGAACAAAAACACUCCUGUCUUAUGCAAACAAGCCCUUGCUGAGACCUCUGCUUGUUUAACUCGGGAUCCUGCUGUCCAUCUUCUAAGUGAUGCUUAGCACUGGCUUCCGAAGUGCAAGGCUCCAUGGGCUACAGAGUUCAGGGAUAGCCUGGGUGACUGAGCCAGACCCUGUCUCACAACCAAAAAGUAAAAAGAUGGGUGGGCUAUCUCAGUGGUAGAGCACUCUCGUCAUGCUUAGAGGCUUCUUGCCCAGUAGGGCUAAAAUGCCUGAAAGUGUAUAGGUCUGGGAUGGGAGUGAGGCAAGCUGUAUGCCCUACUUCCAUUGGUGUGAUGCAUUGAGUACUGGGUGUGGUUUUGGUUUUUUUUCUUUUCUUUUUUUUUUUUUUUUUAAAAAUUUGCUCUACAAAAAUAAAAUAGGAAAAAAAAGGAUUUUAAAAAAUAUACCCCAGGGUAUUUUUCUGUUUAAGAAAAAAAAAAUUACUUGAUUCUGUUUCUGGACACAAACUAACUUGUUUUUCCCUUAACACUUUAUGUGAGUGGCAGACGCUGAUGUGAACCCACACUGGCAGCUAAGUGACUGGUGUGUGUGUUGUGUCUACAGAGCAGGGAAGCCAGUGUGGAUGCCCGCUCCACUGUGGUCUAGGAAGUAGAGUGUGUCUUCAUGGGGAUAAUAUUUGUGCAGCUAAGCCAAUAUUUUUACUUAAACAAAAAAACCAUACAUUUUGCAAAAAAAAAAAAAAAAAUAAAAGGGGGGGUGUUGUCCUUUAAAUGGUGAUGGGCUAAUAUGUAAGAUAUCCUCCGGCUUUAAUUAUUUUUUAAUUUUAUUCAAUGUAGAGCACUUUCUAUAGCAAUAAAAAACAAAAAUAAAGAUAUUUAAGAUUGUAUUUAUAUACCGAGAGUACAUUUUAAGUAUUUUCUGAUACUUGAGCAGUUGCGUGACUGGCUUCCGGAGAUGCCAAAAAUUAAGCGCUCAGUAGAUUCAACACAUAAGCUUUGUCCUGGCUUGUAGAGUCUGUUGAGAAUUCUGAGUGUUCCCAGCACAGUUGACGUUUAGGGUCCCUCCUCCUUCCUCCUCACUCAGAAGUGCUGAGGAUCCUAGGCAAGUUCACUGUUCACAACACUAAUAAUGGGUCGCUUCUUGGUGUAACAAAUGAAUUGGUUGUCACCUUGAUGUAAAAAUUUUGUAAAGGAAAAUAUUUGGUUUCCAGUAUUUUUAACUGUCUGGUUUGUACUUUUUAUGAAUUUUGUACUACCAAAGCAGAAUUAAAAAUAAAAGCAUUAAACCAGUGUGCGUGAAUGAGCUGCAUCUUACAGGGCUGGUUUCUUAA